AAAGUGACUCUGUGGAAUGUGUUCAAAAUUAUAGAUCAAGACCUAAAUCUGACUUAAACUGAAGUUUAUCGAGUUAAAACUAAACUAAACUAAACUUGUUAGGCCGUAUAAUGUAUUUAGUAGUGUAAUGUAUAGUUAGUUGUUUGGGCUAUGUGUGUUUAUAAGCCCGGUUUAUUUUGUAUAUAUACUCUUCUCUACAGUAAUACAAACCACGGAAAAUUAAUUCCUGACAUGGUAUCGGAGCCUCUACAUUCUAAACCCUAAAACCCUAAAAAAAAUUUCUCUCUUCUCACUAAUCGACAUGGGUGACGAAGGCAAGAUUGAUCCUUCUUCUCCUUUCUACCUUGGAUCAGGCAAUCAACUCGGCAAUCUGAUUACUCAUGUGAUCUUGAAGGGUGACAAUUAUCUAUCAUGGUCUAGGGCAAUCACUUUGUCAUUGAAAUCUAAGCGAAAAUUUGGGUUCGUUGAUGGCACCAUCUCCAAACCAACCGAAAAGAAGAAGAUGCUCGAUUGGGAUACGGUGAAUUCCAUGUUAGUGUCUUGGAUAUUGAGGGCUAUUGAGCCGAAACUUGCUGCUUCAAUUCCAUUCUUUGAUGAGGCCAAGCGGCCAUGGGAUUAUUUAGAGAAGCGUUACUGUGAGGCGAGUGGUCCGCGUCUACAACAGUUAAGGGCUUCAAUCAUUAAUUGCAAGCAAUUGCAAAAUAUGUCUGUCGAGGAUUACUAUAAUCAAUUGAUGGGAUUCUUUGACGAUUUGGUGCGCCUCAAACCACCACAUGGUUGUGACUGUGGUAAUUGUUCUUGCAAUGUGGCUGCUAAGUAUGAAUUGGAUAGGGAUGAGGAAAAAUUGCAUCAAUUUCUUGUCAACAUUGAUGAUGCUAAAUAUGCGGUUGUUCAAACUAACUUGCUCUCACAACAGCCUCCCGCAACUCUGGAUCGUGCGUAUCAGGCCCUUCUUCAAGAAGAGCGCUCUCGUAACAUUGCACAAACCAAAUCCCAUGAAGAUAAGGCUGAGGCUCACGUCUUUGCUCUACCUGAUCGUGGGAAGCAAUUCUUUGUGCAACGUGAUAAGUUGAGGCUAUUUUGCUCUCAUUGUAAGUGACAAGGUCAUGAUUAUGAUGGUUGCUUUAUUGUUCAUGGUUAUCCACCUUGGUGGCUUGAGAAAUAUGGGGAAAAGGGGGGAGCAUCUUCAGCCCCUGCUGCCUCGCACUCCCCUGCCUUGCAUUCUGCUGCUGCUUCUCGCCUAGCACCGGCUGCUGUGGCUACUGAUCACGGCAAGGCAGCAGUUUGCGCUCAUGCUAUUGGACCAACUCUCGGGGAGCCUGAUUGGAGGAGGUGAACGAAUAUAAAUAGAUGGACUCUACUAUUUCCGGCGGAUUCCUACAGUAUGUGCGGUGACGGGUCCGGAGGUCUCCACUUUUGAGCUUUGGCAUCAGCGUCUUGGGCAUCCAUCAAACAGAGUUGUCAAGUUAGUUCCUGCUGUUAAUACUAAUUCUGGAAGAAAAUCAUUGAACAAAGCUUGUGAAACUUGUCCUUAAGCCAAACACUUACGGGAUAGUUUUCCAAAUAGUGAUAGUAGAGCUAGUCGUAUUUUUUAGUUAAUACAUUGUGAUUUGUGGGGGUCUUAUAAAACUCCUUCUACUUGUGGUGCACACUAUUUUUUGACUUUAGUGGAUGAUUUUUCAAGAGGUGUUUGGAUAUAUUUAUUGAAUGACAAAAUUGAAGUUUAUUCCGCUUUCUCUUCUUUCUUCGCUAUGAUUCAGUGUCAAUUUGAAGUGUCUAUAAAGUACGUGCGGAGU